AUGGGCGGCGGCGACGGGGCCGCAUUUAAGCGGCCGGGGGACGGCGCCCGCCUCCAGCGCGUCCUCGGGCUCGGCUCCCGCCGGGCGCCCCGCUCUCUGCCCGCCGGGGGCCCAGCGCCGCGCCGCACCGCUCCGCCCCCGCCGGGCCAUGCGAGCGCGGGCCCCGCCGCGAUGAGCUCGCACAUCGCUAAAAGCGAGUCCAAGACGUCGCUGCUGAAGGCGGCGGCGGCGAGCGGGGGCAGCCGGGCUCCCCGCCACGGCCCUGCCCGGGAGCCAGUGCUGUCCAGCCGCCGGCUGCCCGGCCCCUGCCCGGGCACGCCGCCGCCGUCCGGGGACCCCAGUUCGCGGAGGCCCCUGUGCCGGCCGGCGCCGCGAGAGGAGGGCGCGCGGGGGAGCCGGCGCGGGCUCCCCCAGGCGCACUGCAGGCCCCGGGAGGCGCCGCCGGCCGCGGCGUCCCGACCUUCGCCGCCGUCGCCGCUGCCGCCGGCCCGCGGGCGGGAUGGGGAGGAACGGGGGCUGUCCCCGGCGCUCGGCCUCCGGGGCUCUCUACGAGCCCCGGGUCGCGGGGACUCCGCUCCAGCCGCCGCGUCCGAGGCAGACCCGUUCCUCCACCAGCUGCGCCCCAUGCUCAGCUCCGCCUUCGGCCAGAUGCGCCAGGAGGAGACCAGCUACACGGUGGUGCAGACGAGUGAGGAGGGGCUGGCGGCCAGCGGCGAGCUCCCCGGACCGCUCCUGAUGCUGGCCCAGAACUGCGCCGUCAUGCAGAACCUGCUGGGGCCGGCCUGCAUUUUCCUGCGUAAGGGCUUCGCGGAGAACAGGGAGCCUGACAGAUCACUGCGGCCAGAGGAGAUUGAAGAGCUCCGGGAGGCCUUCAGAGAGUUUGACAAAGACAAGGACGGCUACAUCAACUGCCGGGACCUGGGCAACUGCAUGCGCACCAUGGGCUACAUGCCCACCGAGAUGGAGCUUAUCGAGCUGUCUCAGCAGAUCAACAUGAACCUGGGUGGCCAUGUGGAUUUUGAUGACUUUGUGGAGCUAAUGGGACCUAAACUCCUGGCGGAGACAGCAGAUAUGAUUGGAGUAAAGGAACUGCGAGAUGCCUUCCGAGAGUUUGACACCAAUGGUGAUGGGGAGAUAAGUACCAGUGAGUUACGAGAGGCCAUGAGGAAACUCCUGGGUCAUCAGGUGGGACACCGAGACAUAGAGGAAAUUAUCCGAGAUGUGGACCUCAAUGGGGAUGGACGAGUGGACUUUGAAGAGUUUGUCCGGAUGAUGUCCCGCUGAGGCCGCCAGGGCCCCUCCAGGACUGCCAAGCUCCACGGGCGGGGAGAAGAGGAGCCGGAGCUCGCCUCAUCCCGCCGCCGCCGCCGCCGCCGCCCAGAGCCCGGGACGUACUGGCGGAUGGGGCCUGCCUGCACCCCGGGGAGGUGCC